UAGUCAUUAUGAAGUUAGAUAUACUAGACAGUUUUUCCACCUGUCAUUGUUCAUUACUUCCCUGUAGGAUUGAAGUGAAACAAGUCCUUUAAGAAACUGUUAUAUACAUGUCACUAAUUCGUUUCAUACUUAUGGGAAGACGUAAAAAGUACAAUGUUGCAGAAUGUUCGAAUUAUGAAAGACAAGUUAAUCCAGAAGAAGACGUGGAAUAUACAUACUGGUGUUGUUUUCCAUGGUGUAAAAAGAAGAAAAGAGUCAAAAAUAACAACACAAAUAAUGUCACAUCGACUUCGACAUGGAGCGACACAUCAAAAGGUCAAACAAGAGAUCAAGGUACAGACAAUCAAGCUCAACAGGAAGAUACGCAAGUGAAGACACUGGAAAGUUUGGAAAGAGAGCUGGACGGAUGUAAAAGAGAUCUUACAAAGUGUCAUGAAGAAAAGAACGAUCUAGCAUUACGACUGAGUGAAUUGAUGGGGAAGCAGUUACAAGAGAACAAUCCACAAAUAACAAAUCUAAAUGAUCCAAACAGACCACAGAAGUUAUCUGAAAUGCUUAGUGAUAUAUAUGACAACGAAUGGCUUGAUGCUUUUACUGGUCUUCAGUCGCAAAAUGAGAAUCAAGACGAACAAAGCACAGUUGAUAUCCUUUUUAAUUUGUUGAAGGUUAUAUAUGAAGAAACAUUAGAUCAGGUUGGUAAAUUCUCUAGUCACAUACAGGAAUGGUUUGUGGGCAACCAGCAAUGUCCUCAUAGUCGUAUUUUAGAAUUUGCAGUUUCCAUAUCGUCUUCUGUUAUUCGACAUCUGCAAACAGAAAUCGAAAAGGUGCUCUUGGCAAAAUUAAAAGACAGCAUUAUAUCAAUAUGUACUAUCUAUAUACAGCGGUGUGUUGAAAUGUGUUUUUACAUGAGGAUAAAGUCACCAGAAAUGUAUUUGCAAUUUGACUGUGAUAUGAAAUAUAUAGACAAGACUAGCUUCAAACCCUAUACUAAAGAUGGAGAUACAUUAGACUAUGUCGUUUGGCCAGCACUGUUUUUAUUUAAAGAAGGUCCAUUAAUGAACAGAGGAGUUGUUCAGUGCAAAUAAUUGUUUUUGCGAGAAAGCAAUCAGACUAAGAAUAACCAAUUAAAAGGAACAACGCUACCAAGGUCAUCUAGUCUCUGUGUUUGUUUAAAACAAUCAUUUUUUUUUAAUGAAGAAAUAAAAUCACAUCAUUUUUGUU